UUGGAUCCGGCUUGAAUGCCCACGGUCAGUUCCUCGUCGACUAUGAGCCAUGUCGGCGGUGCGUCUCCAGUUAUGAGCGCUCGCACAGUCGCACUCUCAGUGGCUCUCUCGUUGCUGGUUUUACUGCCGUCGCUAUUCGCGCAUGAUGAUUCGUGGACUUUCUAUUCCUCUUCUGAUCGAUACCCGGUAGCCGCGAAUGGUCCACCGGGCCAAUCCAAGCGGGGUGGAGCCAAUCCACCGGGUCAUAAUAAAUGGGGAGUUGCUGGCAAAGGGCCGCCAGGUGGUCGCGGUCCUCCCGGAUUAGCAGGCGGCAGUCCCCCAGGAUUACAUGGUAAACAUCCUCCGGGCUGGAACAAGGUGGACGAGAUAUCGUCCGAAGGUGAAAAUCUUCCGGAUCCAGACAGAGAAUCCAUUCAUACGCCUCGUCCCAACAAUAGCGGUAACGAUAACGAUAACAGAGGUCCAGCUGGUCCAGACGGCUACGUGCCCGAUUCGAACAGAUUCCCGCAGAAUCGACAGUGCAGAGACGGAGAAUUUCGCUGCCGCAACAACGAAUGCGUGCCACAAAGCGCCAGAUGCGAUAAUAAAGCCGAUUGUCGGGAUUCCAGCGACGAAGAACUUUGCUUUGCGAACCGGAAUCAGGAGAACGGCUGUGUACUGCCUGAACCGCCAGAAGGUGGACACUACCAAUUGAGAGGCUGCGAAAGCAGACACUGCACGAAACGUCCCGGUGACACGGUACCCCUAAACAGCAUCCUUACUUAUAGUUGUAAAGAUAAUUACGUGCUGAGCGGAAACACCAUUUCUGUUUGUGUCAACAACGAAUGGUACGAGCCGCCUUCGUGCCACAAAGUAUGCCCGCCGCUGAACAGCACCACCGUAGACAUCACCUGCAGCUACCAGGGAGAAACGGCGUCCUGUAGCGAGCGUGUUCUGCCCGGUACACGGGCUGCGCUCGCCUGUAAAUCAUCUUAUAAAUUACCUUUAACGAACGAUCCGGCUUACAGAGAGAUCACGUGUCUCGAGGAUGGUUUAUGGGACCAGCGCGUUUUUCGCUGCCUGCCAGAGUGCGGCACAUCCAUCGCGCACGGCAACACUUUGGUCGUGAACGGAUUCCAGGCCAAAGUGGGGGCUUUUCCCUGGCACGUGGGCAUUUACGGCAAGAAACGCAUGAACCAAUACGAGCAGAUAUGCGGCGGCACUCUCAUCAGCAACAAUCUCGUCGUGUCAGCGGCCCACUGCUUCUAUGACGAGGUCUAUAACAAGCCUAAGGAUGCGUCAGAUUACGCCGUGGCUGCCGGCAAGCAUUAUCGUGACUGGGACACCAAAGAGGAAUACACCCAAAAGUCCAUGGUGGACAGCAUUCGAUUGGGCGGACGGUACAUGGGGGCGAGGGGUAAUUUCGCCGAAGACAUCGCUCUGUUGAAGCUGAAGACGCCGUUCGAGCUGACCACCCUCGUGAGGCCCGUCUGCAUGGAUUGGGACAACUUGUACGAGCGGGAGCAGCUGCAAACGGGCCAGGCCGGCAAGGUGGUCGGUUGGGGUAAGGACAUCAAAGGAGAAUCCACUACGAGCUUACAGGAAAUUGCCAUGCCGUUCGUGCCAUACCAGCAGUGUUUGUCCGCUGUCCCCUUCGAUUUCCGAGGAUUCAUCACGUCCGACAAGUUCUGCGCCGGGCACUUGAACGGUUCCAGCGUUUGCGAAGGCGACAGCGGCGGCGGCCUUAGCUUCGAGAAGAACGGCCUCUGGUAUCUUCGCGGUAUCGUCAGCGUGAGCCCGGUGAAAGGAGGCAGUUGCGAUUACAACUCGUACGUCGGAUUCACCUCCAUCAGUCAUUUCCGCGAUUGGAUUCGCGAGGCUUACGUCAGCGAUACGUAAACCUUCCAUGGGAUGUGGAUUAUCGGACGCACACGAAAUACACCUCGCUGGCAUCAUCGAGCCUGCAACAACGUGUCAAACGAAUGGACGUGGAGGUGGACGUAGAAACGAUGAAAAAAUGAGAAAUGAAUAUUACAUAUUGUUGCGAUUUGCAUAAAACUGAUUUCCAUAUCAAGAACAUAAUGUUAUGCCUGACAACUCUGUUGAAUAUUAUUUAUGGACGUGUAAAGAGCUGCGUGAGCUUUAAUGUGCGAUGAAGCGCUUUAAUUGCCAUGUGACAUAUGCACAGAAAUAAAUAAAUGAGGAAAUCAUUAGGCAAGGCAACGCCUUCUAA